UCGAUAACAUCUGCCCAGGAUAGUUUUGUGGAUCUCCGACUUUUUCCAAGCAGCCCACAAUGGCAGUACUCAAGUGCACAAAUCAAACUUGUGGAAAGGAAUACGAAGAAGAUAACAACCAAGAUGGCAGCUGCGCUUAUCACCCAGGAGGGCCAAUCUUUCACGAGGGACUCAAGUCAUGGUCAUGCUGCAAAGAGACCAACAAGCCUGUUCUCGAAUUCGACGCUUUCAUGGCGCUCCCACCUUGCACAAAAGGCAAACACACAUCAGCGCCUCGCGUCAACCCCGCUGCCCCGCAAAGAGGUUCCGAGGCUGGAUCACAUCUAGUAGUCACCAACAUCUCGAGUGACGGUGUCGAAACGUACGGCACUGCCGCGCCCACUGCCAAGCUUCCAACCGCUGAAUCUAGCAAGAUUUCAAACACUGCCACCUCCGCUCCUUCUUCUGUUCCAUCCGCGCUUACAGCUGUUACACCUUCUCAACCCAACAAGGAGCAUAAAGAGGUCAAGGAAGAGGAGCAGGAUGAUCCUUCUGUUCCUGUACCCGAGGGUGCAAGAUGCAAACGUCUUGCAUGUGGAGCUACUUGGGAAGGGGAGGAGGUCUCCAGAGGAGACGGGGAGAAAGCGGUUUGUAGAUACCACCCUCAGGCUGCGAUAUUCCACGAAGGUUCAAAGGGUUACUUGUGCUGUAAGCGACGAGUGCUCGAGUUUGAUGAAUUCAUGAAGAUCCCGGGAUGUAAAGAAGGGAAGCAUUUGUUUAUGGGACCAAAGAAGGAUGAAACCAAGGAGGAAGUAGUCAACUGUAGACUGGAUCAUUAUCAAACACCAACACAAGUGAUCGUCUCCGCAUUCGCCAAAGGUGCCGAUAAGUCUCGUUCCACCAUCACAUUCACCCCGCAAACACUCUCUCUUUCCCUCUCUCUCCCUUCAAACAAACGAGUUCUCAAAACCGUCACUCUCUACGGACCCAUUGACCCCAACGUAUCUUCUUACCGUAUCCUCAGCACCAAAGUUGAAAUCACUCUCGUCAAGCCGAAACCCGCCAGCUGGCCUGUGCUCGAAUUGCCGCCUGCGGGAACAGAGUUGCCCCCCGGUUAUGCGUUAACGUUUGGUGUGAGUGGAAGAACCGGUACGAUAGGGGGGAAGGAGAUCGUUUUGGCAGCGGAGGAGCUGGCAAAGAGGCAAUAAAGAAGAAUAAGCGAAGGUGUUGUGAUACUUAUGUAUUAAAGGGGGUGCUUGGUUGUCAUGGUGUAAGGCAUAGCAUGGGCAUUGUUUAUACAAAUCGGG